AAAAAAAAAGCACACCAGCAGACUGAGACCGUGCCAAGUUCGUGCCAGGUCCGUGCAGUGAGACUUUGAUAAAGAUGACAUCUGUCAUGACUUACCAAAAGUACGUACGAAUAAGUCUCGUAGCUCUAGUCUGGUGCCCACUUCUAGAAGCAGGGUUGAUAUCUCGGGCAACUCCAACGGGUAUAGAAAUCGGCGUGACAGAGACACUUAUGAUGGAGUGCUUGUUUACACCAGGCACUGACACUAAAUUAACAUACGCAUCGUCCAUCAAACUGUUCCACUCCGAGAGUUCAGCCUACGCAAAGUACAUUGACAUUCUGACCGUCCUCAACGUGAACAACAUUCUAGGAAAAGCCAAGGAUUCAGCAGACGUUAAGGCCGAAGGCUCGAUUGACCACACUAAUCCUUCUGUGCUUCGUAUCACCUGGAAAGGUCCGACAGCCAAACAUUCCGGCUCGUACAAAUGUGUAGCUCACGGUGUGGACGAGAAUGGCAACCCCGAUACGGUGCAGAGUGAAACCGUUGUUACCGCUAAAGAUGCUGAUAUAGAAAAGGUGGUGGACCACGUGAAUCAUCUCAACCAACAAGUGGAUCAGCUUCUGAAAGAGCUGAAUGCAACGGAAGCGAAGAACAAUCAGCUAGAAAAUGAGAAAAAGCAACAACAGCAACAUUUAAUCGACGCACAGGAUUCGCUGUUUACGCCUUCCCCCGCGUUCAAUGGAUCACGUUACCUCUUGACCAAAACCGCAGGCGCCAUGAACUAUUUUAAUUCAGUCUUGACGUGCGGACGACUUGGCGGUUAUUUGGCGGAAAUUGACUCGGAGGAGGAAUACAAGUUUGUGUUAGAUAGUUUACUGAAGAGCUCUGCUUACGAGUCAGUGCUUAUCAGUGGAACAGAUGAAGCGGUGGACAAAGUCUGGGUCCAUAGCUUCAGUAAAAAUAAUGUCACGUUCUUUAAGUGGGCUACCUAUAGGCCCGACUCGAGAGAACUGCUCAACUGUUUAGCUUACAGGAAGCAGCUUCAGUGGCAUAACGUUGAGAUGGAGUGUAAGACACUGUGCGCUUUUGAUGGGACCCUCGCGUUUCUCUGCGAAGUACCAGACAAGAGUUAUGAAAUAAUAGGAAACCAACAUUGAUAGCAUGCAGUUGACAAAUAAAGUUUAAUCUUAUC